UUUUUUUUUUUCCUUUUUCUUUUGUUGUUUUCUUCUUCUUCAAUAUAUUUCUUCUCUCCUUUAACUAGUACUAAUUUUAACAAAGAAAAUAAAAAUGAAGUCUGUUAUUGCUGCUAUUGCCGCCAUUGCUGCCUCUGUUGUUUCUGCACAACAAAUUAUCACCAGUCAACCUACUACUAAUCAAGUUCUUACUGCUGGUACAACUGCUCAAGUUGUUUGGCAACCUGUUGAAGGUACAAUUUCCACUAUUGAUCUUCGUCAAGGUGAUGCUAAUGCCCUUACCUUUGUUCAAAAUGUUGCCACUAAUGUUCCUGCUAAUACUGGCUCUUAUGCCUGGAACAUUCCUGCUACCCUUCCUGCUGGUACAGAUUAUGCUCUUUCAUUUGGUCAAAGCCCCAACGUUUCUUACACGCCUUUCUUCACCAUUAAAGCCUCUACUGGUGGUGAAGCUAAUAAUUGUAAAUUAUAGAUUAUUCUCUUUUUAUCAGAUAUUAAUACUGACAUAUAUUAUUAUUUUAGCUUCCUCUAGUGCUGUAAGCUCCAGUUCUGCUCCUGCUCCUGCUCCUGCUUCUAGCUCUACUGCUAAGGCUACCACUACUGUUGCUGCAGGUACAACUGAUGCUGCCACCAAGCCUACUGAUGCCAAGCCUGCUGCCUCAUCUACUCCUACCCCUAACACCAGCACUACUAAUGAUGAUGCCACCUCUACCUCUGGUGCCAACAAGAACAUGGCUGCAGUUGGUGUUGCUGCUGUCGCUGGUGCUGUCGUUGCUGCUUUGAUCUAAAUUACCCUUUCUCUGGAAAAUAAUAAUAAUAACAACAACAACAACAAAAUAUUUAUAUAAAUCCUUGUACUAGUUUCCUCAUGUGUUUUUUUUCUUAAUAUAAUUUAUAUACAGCUUA